CAAAACGCUAAGACAAUUUCCUGAAACAAUAACCUCCAUAUCAAGCCAAAACCCUAGUCCCAUUUGUUCUGUACCAUCACUCCAGCUCUCGAGCUCCCAGACGCGGCCGCCAUCUCUGCUCUCAGUUUGAAUUCGGGAGGAUGGUAAGAGUUAGCGUGUUGAAUGAUGCUCUGAAGAGCAUGUACAAUGCAGAGAAGAGGGGAAAGCGACAGGUCAUGAUCAGGCCGUCCUCGAAAGUGAUCAUCAAGUUUCUUCUAGUCAUGCAGAAGCAUGGCUAUAUUGGGGAGUUUGAGUAUGUUGAUGAUCACAGAUCUGGCAAGAUUGUGGUUGAAUUAAAUGGAAGGCUGAACAAGUGUGGGGUUAUAAGUCCACGCUUUGAUGUCGGUGUCAAAGAGAUUGAGGGCUGGACUGCCAGGCUGCUUCCUUCAAGACAGUUUGGGUAUAUUGUACUGACCACUUCUGCGGGAAUCAUGGAUCAUGAAGAAGCAAGGAGAAAGAAUGUUGGUGGCAAAGUACUUGGGUUCUUUUAUUAAACGGAGUAUUAAAGAUCCAUUUUGAAAUUUUGGAUUAUUGGCUGAGCGGUAUCUUUAAUUUCGUGGAAAAUAGAAAGUAACUUAAAAACAACAUGAUUUCUUCCAAAUUAUCAUUUCAGUUUUGUACUUGCAUUUUUUUAUUUUGGUUUAAUGUGAUGUUGCUGCAAGUUUGAUAUGUUUA